UCCCUGGAAUAAGGUCAGCAUCUGCUGCUGUAGUGAUGAAGAUACCUCGUGUUUUCUUCCUCGUCCUCCUCCUCGUGCUCCUUCUUGAUUCAGGAUGCAGCAUCUCAGAUAGAAAAGAAUGCAGAGAAGGAGGGGGAUUCUGCCUUCCAUUUCUUCCAAAUAUGUGCCAAGUCUUUUCCAUCAUUAUUGGAAAAUGCAGCCGUUGGUCCUAUUGCUGUAAAUGGCAGAGCCUACGCAAGAAGAAAUGGAGCUAUGAAGCCCCUCCGGACCAGGACAGCCACCGCCAGCUUCCAGCCAACACCAGCUCCAUUCUCUCCCACUCCCAAGAACCUCUCCUGCAAAACAAGGGCCCGUAAUUUUUGCUGCUGGUUUUUCUUCACUUAAUAAAACCAUAGCACUUUG